CCUCUGGGGGAGGCCGGCCCCGGGGCGGUGCGGGGCGGUGCGGGGCCGGCGGGGCGCCGCGGCGAGGCGGCCCCGCGCAGCGCGGGGUGGCAGCGGCGGCGGUCGCGAUGCGGGCCGCCUGGGUGCUGCUGCCGGCGCUGGCCGCCCUCUCCGCCUACUACGUGUACCUGCCGCUGCCCGGCACCGUGUCGGACCCCUGGAAGCUGAUGCUGCUGGAUGCCACCUUCCGGGCAGUGCAGCAGACGUGUCACCUGAUUCACUAUCUGCAACUCAGCCAUCACUUGAUAGUUCUGAAUUACAUAAUUUGUACCUUUGACAAGCUGAAGUCUGUCUCCUCUGAAGACAUUAACAUCACAGAUGCUGUUUUUGAUGGUGUGGAAGUCAGAGUGUUUGAACCUCCCGCGAAGAAAGAUGAAAGGCUUAAGCGCAGCGUUGUUUAUAUCCACGGAGGUGGCUGGGCCUUGGCAAGUGCAAGAACAAGUCUUUAUACCAAUCUCUGCAGAAUCAUGGCUGAAUCUCUCAAUGCUGUUGUCGUCUCUGUUGAAUACAGGCUGGUACCAGAGGUGUGCUUCCCUGAGCAAUUCCAUGAUGCUCUUCGUGCCAUUCAGCAUUUUUUGCAGCCUGAUGUCUUAGCUGAGUACUCAGUUGACCCAAGUCGAAUUGCAAUUUCUGGCGACAGCGCAGGAGGAAAUUUGGCAGCUGCUGUGUGUCAGCAGCUUAGCAAAGAUGAGCAUUUGACCAUCAGACCGAAACUGCAGGCCUUAAUUUAUCCAGUCCUUCAGGCAUUUGAUUUCAAUACACCUUCUUAUCAGCAGAACAUGAAUAUGCCCGUUCUUCCUCGUCACGUCAUGAUCAACUAUUGGAUUGAUUAUUUCAAUGGUAAUUACGACCUGGCUCACUCGCUGCUGAUUAACAACCACACUGCUCUUGACGUUAGCCAAGCUGUCUCCUUCAGAGGACAUCUGAACUGGACAUCUCUACUGCCUUCAUCGUUCAAAAAGAACUACAAGCCUGUAGUACAAACCACAGGCAGGGCUGAAAUCAUCCAGGAGAUACCAGAGCUGCUGGAUGUACGAGCAGUCCCACUCCUGGCAGACAAUGAAACGCUGCAGCUGCAGCCCAAGACUUACAUCCUGACCUGCGAGAACGACGUCCUGCGGGACGACGGGGCCAUGUACGCCAAGCGCCUGGAGAAGGCCGGCGUGGAAGUCACCCUCGACCACUUUGAUGACUGCUUUCAUGGCUGCAUGAUAUUCACCAUUUGGCCUACUGAUUUCUCUGCGGGUGUGCAGACCCGGAACAGCUAUAUAAAGUGGCUGGAUGAAAACCUCUGAAGAGAGAGAAUUCUCUAGAAGACCCAGGGUGCUCAGCUCUGGUGUCUGUUCUUGCAAAAGAGCAAACCAUGAAAAAGUGCACUUUUCCAAAUUCUGACUUGAUCCAUUCAGCUGCAGCUGCUGGGGGUACAGACCACUCACUACACCAUUCACUAGCUCCAUUGGCGUUGCCCAGCAGAAGUGGUUUUUAGAAAUACUUUUUCAAACUUGGAUUUUCUUUCACCUCCUUUCAGAUGACUGUUGCAAAACAUGAACAAAUGUUGAGCAGGGAGAUGAGCAUUCCUGUGACAAGAAUUCUUAACUGCCUGCAGGUUUCAAGUUUUGACUCUUAAUUAGGCAAAAAUGCCCCAAUUUUCAAAUGAUGUGAGAUAAAGCCAACCACCUACAUCUAUAUCUGAACAUAUAAAAAUGGGAGAUAGUUUUCAACAGUGUUGAGCAUCUGAUGUCAAAGAAAGGGGGAGCACUCCCCUGUAACAGCAAAGCCAUGCGUUUGAAUGUCAAACAUGGAUUUAGGUGUUGGCUUUUAGGCACAUAGACUAAUUACUCCUUUACAUUUUUUUAAAAAAAUCUCUUCUAGGCAGUUAAGAUGAUGCUAGGCAAGUCUCUUUGCUAAACACAUAUUCAGCUUUGGAAUUUGGUCUUUACUGCCUUUUAGUUAUUUAUAUUUUAUAAAAGCACAGGACUAAAUCUAUUUUCAAUAAGAAGUAUUAUAGCAUACAUACAAAUAUGUGGUAUAAAAUAUGUGUAGCAGCAGAACCUAGGUUGCUUAUGUGAGUGAGCUUCAAAACUGACUACUUAUUUGGCUAAAGAACAUGACUUCAUCUGUGUUUAAAGCCUCAGAUGUAUGACCUCCAUACAGAAAACAAUGAGCUUACUAAAAAUUAUCUGCUGUGUGGUUUGCACUAAUGUUUGUAACUAAUAGUAGAAGUUUUUGUUCUUUGACUUUUCUUCUGUGCUUGCAGUGUUCAGUGUUUACUAUAUGUCAUGCUUCCUAGAAGGAAGGAAGCAAGCAAAUGGAAGUGGGCUGUAAUCUGUAUGGAAGAUUUAAAUCUCAGCUUUGCAGCUAAGCUUUGUCUGUCUUGUAAGACUGACCCAAAAUACAAGGUAAGAUGAUCUCAUUAUUGUGCAACACAUCUCUACAGUGUAAGCCAGUCUGUAAAUUCCAGACAAGCAGGACAGGGAAGUGAAACCACUUGUGACUGUGUAUUGCCCAGGGUGCUUAGUGCUUGCAGAAAUGAAGGCUGUGUCACAAGUCCAGUGUUUCUAGGCAGAGAGAAUGACUGUCCUGUGACUAAACUGGUGGAUUAAAUUCAUCCUCAGUUUUACCACAGACUUCCUGUGGGACCCCAGGAGUACAACUUAAUCUCCUUUCUCCUCACUUUCUUCCUCUGCAAGAGUAGAAAUUUCCUACCUUGUGAAUGAGCUGUGAAGCUGAACUCAGGAGUGGUUGGUGAAGCACAGGGAUGUGACGGUGACUGGCAGGCACGGAGCAGCUCCUGUAGCUUUUGACUUUCCAUCCUUCUCUAAAGCUGGGUCUGAGCAGCCUGAGUGGUGCUGUGAGGCUGCAGGUCCUCCUGGGCACUGAGCUCAUCUCUCUCCUGGCUCCUGUCAGAGUACCACCAGGUGAGGCUUCUUGACCAUUGGGAGAUCAUUGCAAAGGCAGUUUCAUGAGAGCAUUUCUUACAGCAGGAUUCUGAGAAGUUCUUUAAACAGAAAAGGUACUGAGAGAACAAACUGCCUUCUAUAAUUUAAAAUACAUACAGAUCAGUCCGCUUUCACUGGUAUUUAAAUUAAAUAAGAGAAUGGCUUUGCUGAAUAAUUUCUAAAACAUCUUGUUGUUAAUGUGGUUGUAUGUAUUAAGAUAAGCUAUUAAUGAGACAAGGCCUUGAUGUAGGCUCAGUCAUGCAGGCUGAAAUUUCUGGGCAUAGGUUCAUACAGAGGUCACAAGCCAAAGCUUUUUCAGCAAUGGCUUAGAGUCAUAUUCCAUUUAGAUCAUUACAAAGACUUGGUGGAAUUAGAGCAGCCAAGUGACAAUCUGAAUCAGAAUAAAUUUUGGUCCAGUUAUCCAAAUGACACUGCAGAAGAAGUCAAACUUUUGCUGGAUUUAAACCCUCUUUCCACCCUUCCUCUAUAAAAACAACUUCAGUAGACAUAAUUUGCACUUUAAAACAGAUAGCAACCCAUAUUAGGUCCAUUCAAAAAUCAAAUUACUCACCUGCUCCAGAGCCCUUUCCAUUGUAUGGAAACAGCUCCAUUUACCUGACUUUUAACUAUGACUUAAAGACUUCAAAAAAGAACAUUACACUGAGUUGUAACAACAAGCUUCUCCCUGGAUUUACCACUGUAAGAGUAAACCCAUGUCAGAAAAGGUGUAAUUUAGAUCCUCCUGCAGUCAUUAAAAGAUAGUAGUAACUGUCAUACUGGAAGAAAAUUGUUAAUAUUCCUAUAAAUUCUGUAAUAAUUAAGUCUGCCUGAGAGCCAUCAACAAAGCUUUAGAUCAGCAUUUGUUUAUAGCUGAGUUAUAAAUAUCUGCUAUGAAGCUAUAAUAUAAUUGCUGCUGGUUUGGUUUUUUUACUGAAAUGAAAUGGAGAGCUGGAAUAUAUAUUCAUAGAGUCAGUUGUAAAUUUUCUUCAUGCACCAAAGCACAUUAAAGUCUUGGCACAAGAAAUGGAAGUAAGUAUAUAACUGGACUGAGUGUGUUUACAAAGUCAUCACCAGCUUGAUGCGACAUUGAAGAUCGCAGCACAGCUUGGAUGAGAUGUUACACUAUUGACUAGUUCUGACAUAAUAUCUUGACUACUUUUACCAUGCAGCUAGAUGGUUUAAGUACAUGAUAGCUGCAAAGAUACGUGAUAGAUCCUAUAACAUAUAAAAAGAGGUCGGAGUUCCAGCUAUAAAAAGACCUAUUAUUACAGAGCCGCACAAGACACUUGGUUAAAAUUCAGAGUAAACCUUGAAGUAAGUGUUAGUCCAAACUCAGCUUUUCUCCUGUUUUGCUUUGUUCUCCUUUGCACGUAGUCCCCAUGCCUGAAGUGGAAAGUUUAGGGUUGUUUCCAACUGAGCUGCUGCAAGCUCCUAGAAACUGAGCACUAACUCCGCCGGGAGCUCAGCCGGGUCUGGCACGCGUGGUUACAGAAAGCUGAUGCUGCUACCAAGAGAUUAAUGCAAGUUACAACACCUCGAUUUGUUCCUGUCUUAAGUCCUAUGUCUCCUAAAGUGUUCCCUCAGGCAUACCAAGCACCUUCAUUCCUUGGUUAUUUCACAAAGCCAUUUCAGAGCACUUUGCGUGUUGUAGGAUCAGAUCAAGUAUUUGUAACAGUAUUUCACAAGUGCCUCCUAUGAAGUCAAAAGGUGAUACUCAAUAAAUUUGUGUAUAUUCAUUAAAUCAGUGCAGCUAGCUACUUUGUGAGCAGCUAGCUUCCCCCCCCCCCCCCUUCCUACUAUUAGACUUUAUGUAUCCAUUGCAAAAAUAUCUUCCUAAUGACCAUCAAAGCAUUCAAAUCUACACUUUAAACAAAAAAGCUCAUAUAACAGAAGCUAUAGGCAUGUGCAUUCUACUUUUGUGGCCCUGAGAACUAGGUUAGCAGGUCCCCAGUAUUUUGGCCAAUAUUUGCAGGAAUAAAUUGAGGUUUUGUUUAGCUGCUUAGAACCUUUUAAAGGACGGGUAUUCAGCAUAUCUGGAAACCCAGAUGAAUUUCAAAAUGUUUCAUGGUGCAUAAAAAACACAAAUAAGUUGAAUAUCCUAACCUUCAUCUAAGUAAUUCCAGAAUCACAUCCCUAGGUAGAGAGGCCAAUAUGGGUUUAUUUCCUACAAACUAAAAAUAAAUUAUUUCUCUUUAAAAAAAUUUUAUAGUGUUUUGGCCUCUAUAUCUUUUUGAUUUUUUAAUUAGGUGCAUCGUGGAUAUCUUUUCUAAUCUCGUCCUACGCCUUGUUUAACAAACUUUGUCAAAUAAAAAUGUUAGAAGUAGCUUAACCUGUUUUAAACCUUUUAAGCUGCUAUGAUCUGUAACAACCAUGUUAAAAAACCAAACCAAACCAGCUGGUUUCACGUUUUCUUAUUUAUGAUGUUCAAAGCCCUAAAGUGCAACAUACUUGAUGUGAAUGCAUUCAAUAUGUUCUGCAUGACUGUUUUUUUGCUUCUUUCCCAGAGCAAGGGAAAGAUCUUGUGUGAUCUAAUUUGCAACUGUGAUUGAAAUGUGCUAUCAAAAUAAAGACGAAAUAAAUGAAGUGAAAUAUUA